AUGUCUGGAGAAAACAUUUGGAAUUAUGAUGAAACUAAUCUCACUGACGAUCCAGGUGUUUCCAAAGUAAUUUGCAAAAAGGGCAGUAAGUAUGUUGAGCGCAUAAUGAAUUCAUCAAAAUCUUCCACAUCUUUGAUGUUAUGUGGAAAUGCCACGGGAGAAUUGAUGCCAAUGUAUGUUGUGUAUAAGGCAGAUCAUUUGUGGACCACUUGGACUGAAGGUGGUCCAAAGAGUUGUAGAUAUAAUAGAUACAAGAGUGGCUGGUUUGAUGCUGGCAUUUUCGAAGACUGGUUUUUCUCUACAGUAUUGCCUCGACUUAAGAAGCAAGAUGGCUACAAGGUUCUCAUUGGAGAUAAUUUAUCUUCACAUAUAAAUGUUGAAGUCAUUAAAGCUUUCGAAGAAAAUCAGAUCCGGUUCGUCUGCCUUCCUCUUCAUUCCACGCACCUCACGCAACCCCUCGAUGUCGCAUAUUUUCAUCCAAUGAAAAUAGCUUGGAGACAAAUAAUUCGAAAUUGGAAACAAACUUCUGAAGGUCAAAAGUUUGGCACUGUACAAAAAGACCAUUUUGCUAAAUUACUGCAACAACUUCAAGCUGAUGUUUUGGAAGCAAAAGGUGUUAACUUGAUUUCAGGCUUCAAAAAAUGUGGCAUUGUUCCACUUGACAAAAAUCAAUUGAUGAGUAGGCUUCCCAAGCCGGAUGCAGAUCCGGAAGUCAUUAGUGAGGCAUUCAUGCAAACAUUGAUCCAAAAAGGAUCAUCGAUAGCAAAACCAGCUAGUGAAAGAAAAACGAAGGAAAAAAUUAAAUGUUGA